AUGUUUGAUUAAACUACAACUCCUCCUCCUCUUCCUAACCAAAUUUAUGGGUGUGGUUGUACUUCUAAUAAAAAAACUCAGAUGAGUGUCAGUGGAUUAUAUGGAUAUGAUUACACAUUUGAUAAUGGAAACUUAAAAACACUACCUUUUUGGCUUUGUGAAUCUGUCAAUGAUGAUUAUGUUCCCACUUUGAUUGAUUAUUCAAAGAUUUAUUCAUGUUUUAUUUACUCUUAUAAUUCACCUAACGAUUAACAAAAGAUGGAUCCUAAUGUUUGUUCUACUAGCGGAUCUUUUAUAUAAACUACCUUUGACGAUCCUCCAUAUUAUAACUAUACUCAAUUUCUUUACAUGAUAGGCUUUAUUUUUCUCACAAUAUUCGGAUUAGCAUGUAAUUUUCCAAUGACUUAUUUGUUGUUAAUGUUUUAAUAUAAGACGGUCCCUAUGAAGGAGUAUCAGCCGUCUUCAGAUCGUAGGAAGAUUUUGAUUUGCUAUGCUCUCAAGAAGGUUCUGAUGAUUGACAGAAUCAACAAAUAAGUUGAAUCGCUAGGGAUUUAAAAUUAGCUCAUUCCUGUUAUGCCUAUGAGUAAAAGACUAUCUAAAAACGAUCAAUAGCAUCAAAAACAAUAAGCUCCUUUAGUCGAUUUACAAUAAUACAUAAAAAAUAUAAAACUCCCUGAUAAUCAAUCAAUAAGCUAUUUUCGUAAGGAAAUAUUGGAUGAAUUAUUAGAAUUCUUAUACACAGAUAAUGUUCAUUACCACAUUGUUAAAAGGAGAUAGCAGUCAGUACGAAACAGAAAUCAAUCGCACUACACUAAUAGUCAUUUUAUAAAUUAAAGUUAGGUUGAUCAAAAUAACAGAAGCUAAAAUAAUAAUUUACAACUAAGACCAUAGGUUUCUUAGAAUUAGUCAAUAACUGGUAACUAAAUAGUUAUUAAUAUCAAUCAGCUUUUAAAUAUCGAACCAAAUAUUCCUCAAAACCCAAGUCAAGAUCCUCCUUAAUAAGCUUAAAAUUUAGAAUAGACAAAUGCCUAGAGAAAUUUAAAUACAUUUUCAGCUGAUAAUUCGCGUUUAGGGGAAAUUCAGUCUCUCAAUCAAACAAAUUAGAUGGCUGAAAUAGACAGAACUUAAAAUCAUCAACAAGAUUAACGCAAUUACUAGCAACAAGUUGUUGAGCAAAAAGAUAAUAGAGAAAAUGAGAUGAAUAAUUAAGAUAAUAACUAAAUUCAAGCUUUCUAAUCUGUUUUAGCUCGCAAUGAUUAAUAAAUAAAAAGUAUGUUCCACUAAUAAAUAUCAACUCAUCAUAAAAAAAAUUCUAUUGAUUAUUAACUUUAGCAGUUAAAUUUAAAAACCGGAAAAUCCUCUAAAUACUCUGGACAAACUAAACUGGAUGAAUUUUAAUCAGAGGAUUACAGGAACGAUGAAGACAUACAAGAAGAAGAGAUUUAGUGGAAUAAACAAGAAAGUAAUAAUGAAAAUGGCAAUGACAUAAACAGUAGUAACCUCCACAAUAGUGCUUAAUAAUAUAGUGGAAACAAUAUUUAAUUCAUGAAUAGACACAGCAAUCAGCUUAUUUCGACCUACAGAAAUAACAAUAAUAAUGAUUAAUAAAACACUUUUAAAAACCUCUUAUCUGAUCCAGAGAUUUAGUUGAAGCAGAAUGAAAACUCACACUAGGUAGUGCAUUUUAACUCAAUUCCUGAAAUUAAGCUUGAAAAUGAGGAUCACAAACAAAUAUUUUCACCACAAAAUGAAGACUUAAAUAAUAAAAAAUAUGAUUUUCAUGAACAUAUUGGAACACAACCAUGUGAAACUUCUUUCUUAAAGCAUAAAUCGAACGAAUAAAAUCAUCAAGACUCUCCUCAGUAAUUUUUACAAAAAUUGGAUGAAAACAAUAUGAAUUAAAUUAAUCUUGGCGUUGUUUAGGAAAUUUAAAAACCCUGA